UGUAAAUUAAGAUGGCGUCCGCUUUGGAAAACUUGGAAGCUCAAUUAGAGCUAUUUAUCGAGAAUGUGCGACAAAUACGUAUUAUAGUAAGCGAUUUUCAGCCCCAAGGACAAAAUGUAUUGAAUCAGAAAAUUCAAGGCUUGGUGAAUGGUUUACAAGAAAUUGAUAAACUAAAGUCUCAGGUGCAGGAUGUUCAUGUGCCAUUAGAAGUAUUCGAUUACAUUGACCAAGGAAGAAAUCCUCAAUUAUAUACUAAAGACUGUAUAGAGAAGGCUCUGACAAAGAACGAGCAAGUAAAGGGCAAGAUUGAUGCCUAUAGAAAAUUCAAAGCAAAUAUGCUGGUGGAGUUAAAUCGAGUUUUUCCAAAUGAAUUAGCCAAAUACAGAGCGAUUCGUGGAGAUGAAUAAGACCAGUUAGUUUUAAGAACACACGUGUUAACAUAUAUGUGCUGCCACUGUUUAUAAUUUAUCUUCUCUAUCUUGUAAUUCUAUUUACACACAGUAAACAAUAUUUACCUAUUUUA